AUGUAUAGUGAGAAAGCGAUCAAACUAGUUGCCAAUGAUGCAUUUAGACAGUUACUAAAAACAAAAAGUGGUACAUUGCCUGUACAUCGGCAGAUAGUAGCUGGUGGUUUGGCUGGUACCUGUCAAAUAGUGGUUACCACACCAAUGGAAUUAUUAAAAAUACAAAUGCAAAUGACUAAAGAGAAAAGUAAAAGUUCCAUACCAUCUGGUGUAACACAGUCGUCAACGUCUCCUCAAGCUGUUAAUGCACGACAAUUGGCCUUACAAUUAUUUAAAGAAAAAGGUAUUUUUGGUCUUUAUAAAGGAUUGGGUGCAACGUUUACGCGAGAUGUUUGUUUUUCAAUGAUGUAUUUUCCACUUUUUGCUUAUUUCAAUGAUAAGGGUAAAGAACCGGGUAGUAAUCAAGUUCCGUUUUAUCAUUCAUUUCUGAGUGGACUUGGAGCUGGAUCAUUGUCAGCAUACCUUGCAACGCCGUUGGACGUUAUUAAAACUCGUCUUCAAACGUUAGAAUAUAAAAAUCGAUAUAGUGGUAUUCUUGAUUGUGCUGGAAAAAUGUUUCGACAAGAAGGAGCAAGCGCAUUUUUCAAAGGUUCUUUAUUGCGUGUUAUGGUUAUUGCGCCAUUAUUUGGCAUCGCUCAAAUGGUCUAUUACCUUGGUAUUGCAGAAACGUUACUUGGUUUGAAACCAUUAGGUAGUCAAGCAGAAAAAAUGGUUGAAUCUGCCACACUAUUAGCAUUUGAUACAGAAACCAUGCCCAUAUUUUAUCAUCCAACAUUUCAACAAAAUCAACAGUAUAAUCAAAGAUAUCCAAGAGGAGAAGAUCCCUUAGCAUCAACAACUGUUGAAAAACAAGUUCCUCUACCUCCACCUCCAAUUUCUUAUAAUGGAAAACCGUCGUUGUUACAAGUAGCUUUACGUGGAAAAAGAUAUAAUAUGAAAAAUGUUUUAUUAUUUGAUUUGCAAGAAUUGUUCGAUCAACAAAAUCCUUACUAUCGUCCUACUGAAGUUGCCGUUCGUGUACAACGUUUAAUUACACUUAUAUUUAGCCAUAGCAAAGCAAGUAAAUUAAGUCAUUCAUUAGCAACAGAUCUAGCACAACUGAAGUGUUCAUAUGAUGAUGAGUGA